CCGCAUUCAUCAUUUCCCAACUAUCCCUUCCCCUUUCACUAUAAAUGGGAGAGGAUGGUUUGCUGCUAGUUCAUCCCUUUCUGAUUUCUUCGCCAUGGCAAGUAAAUCUCAGAGUAAAGUCGUUAUCGACUUAACCCUUUCCGGGACAUCUUCCUCAGAUGAUGAUUUCUCCGCCUCCCCGGCUCAAUCCAACGACAUGGCUGGGUUGAGUCCUGGCGAGUUCUCAAGACUUCAUCCAGCACCUCGUCUUCCCGCACCAUCUCCUCCUAGUCCACCCAGGCUUCCAUCCGGGAAGAUAGACUGGGACUCUAUAACCCUCCAAGACUUUUCCUUGUACCAGAGGAUGCGCAGGGCUAAACUUGAGCGUUCUCUGCCGACUGUCAAGGCGGAACCUUCACGUGAAAGCCGGACUGCUUCUCCAAACUUGCCGAGGUCUCUCAAUGAUGGUUCUUCAUUGGGAGCACCAGCUCCCCGUCAUGGGACGUGGGAAGACUAUGACAUAUGGGAAGCUGCUGAUUCCGCUGCGUGCCCCUCGUCGAAGAGAAGGAGCCCAUGGGAAGGGCCCCCACCUCCUUCUUGUUGACUGCAUGGAUACAAUAGGCCCUCCUUCAUGGCCUAGCCCCCUGCAAAUUAAAUUUCUUUUCCUUGUUUUAUUUCAAGAGGCAUUCACGUACUUGUUUGGUCCAGGAGUUUUUCCUGCGUCCCAUACUAAGGAAUGUCCUCCAAUUUCAGUCUAGGAUUUAACAUUG